AUGUCAAAUUUUCCUCACUCGACCACCUCUUUGGCCACCUCCCUGUCUGCCUCCCCAUACGCCACUCAAUCCAACCUCGAAGCUCUUAUCCAAAAUGCUCGAGCCCAUCCCCACCCCCGCCGUACCUCCCAGUCAUCAGCGUACGGCCGUCCCUCCUUCUCCAUGACCUCCGCCGCCCAAUCUCCCGAUCUGCCCAUCCUCUCACCCUCCGCCCCACAGCCCGCAGACUCCCAGAGUCGGCGACAGAGCGAAGCACACCAUCCGUCCACUCGACCACGGAUGGGCGCGAUCCGCGAGGCGUCCUAUAACGAAGGAGCGGCGAUUCUCCUCGAUGACUCGGACGACGCGGACGAGGGGGACGCCUUGAUCCCUGCCGAUCAGCAGGUCGGCGGGCAUCACCGAAGGGACAGCAGAGCGAGCCGUACGAGCCGAGCCAGCCGUAGCAGCCGUCUGUCCGCUACUGCCCGGCGCAACUUUGGAGGGGCGUCCGAUCCUGUUGGGUUGACGCCUGUCAAUGCUCCGGCCAAGGCUCGGAGGGGAAGCAAUGAAGUCUCUGGCCGGACGGGUAAUUCCCGCUCUCGGUCCACAGCGCGGACACCACCCAGACACGGUCGGAUGAGUAUGGCCAAGCCGGGCGAUUUCGGCUCGGACCACGAGUCGGAUCAUGGGGAAGCAGGCGAAGAGGGGUACUUUGAUUUUGAUGAAGCCCUGGAAGGUGCUCGGUCGAGGGAUCACAGGGGUCGAGGUACCGAGUCCAGGCCGCUCUCCCGCUCGUCCUCCCCUCUCGACUCGAGGAGCGAGCUAUCGUAUAGGCGUGGACCCGCAGGCCGGCGCGGAUCCAUGGCGACCACUACGCGCUUCGCGGAGGAUUCGUCAGGCGACGAAGGGGGAGACGUGGCGCGUGGCCUGGUAGGGACCGGAGGUGUGGGGAUGUUGGGUACUCGAGGGGGAAACGGGAUGAUCCCGGGGCAUAGUCAAGGCGGGGGCGGGAUGAUCGGGAUGGAGGUCGACCCCGCGGAGGAGUUGCUUCCAGAGGAUCUGGAGGUACCGCUCGAUAAGGACGGUUUGGAGAUUCGGGAUUGGACCGAGGCGCUCAGGAAUGAGAUGGCGAUUGUGCUAAGGAUGAGUGUACCGGUCUUUACGACCCAAGCGGCCGAGUGGAGCUUGGUCCUUGCCAGUGUCAUCUCGAUCGGGCAUCAAGGGACGACUGAGCUGGCUGCUUCUUCGUUGGCCUCUAUGACGGCGUCGGUCUCUUCGUUCUCCAUCUUGCAGGGCCUCGCUACAGCUAUGGACACUCUUCUUCCUGCUGCCUGGGCGUCCUCUGAGCCCAGCCGAGUCGGUCUGUGGACACAGCGAAUGGCUGUCGUGCUAGCAUUCUCCACAAUCCCGAUGUAUGUUCUCUGGUGGAACGUCGAGGGCGUCCUCCUCGCUGCUGGACAAGUAGAACCGAGAGUCGCUUCUCUUGCCCAGACGUAUCUGCGGUACAUGUCGUUUGGUAUUCCAGGAUACGGAGGGACCAUCGUUGUCAAGAAGUACCUCCAGGCGCAGAAUUUAAUGAAGGUUCCGACCUAUGUGCUGUUCGUCGUCUCGCCGAUGAAUGUCUUGCUCAACUAUCUCUUGGUCUGGGGUCCGGAGCCUAUCCGGAUUGGAUUUGCAGGAGGUGCUAUCGCAACAGCUAUCAGCUAUACCUUGAACUUUGUCCUCCUCCUCAUCUAUGCGGUCUACUACGGUCCCAAAGAAGCCAUGCACCCCAUCCAGAUGAAACACCUCUUCUCCAAGCUCGGCACGGUCACCUCGCUCGGUCUCGCCGGGACCAUCAUGGUCUCGUCCGAGUGGUGGGCAUGGGAAGCUUGCGCUCUCGCUGCGUCCCUCUUAGGUCCCGUCAACCUCGCUGCCCAGUCGGUACUGUUGUCAACCACCUCGACCUUCUUCCAGGUCCCUGCGGCUCUGGGUAUCGCCUCUGCCGUACGGGUCGGGAACCUCCUCGGAGCCGGACGGGGCUGGGAAGCCAAAUGGGCUAGUCGAGCUUGUCUCUUCCUCUCUGUUUUCUUUGCCAGUAUCAACUGCCUCAUCUGUAUCCUCUUCCGCACCAACUGGGGCUACCUAUUCAAUAACGACCCCGAAGUCGUCUCCAUCGUCGCCCACAUCAUGCCCUACAUCGGCCUCUUCCAAGUGACAGACGGCAUCGCCGCCACCUCCGGCUCGAUCCUCCGCGCCCUCGGUCUACACACCACCGGCGCGCUCAUCAACCUCACAUCCUACUACGUCAUUGGCCUCCCCUUUGGCCUUUGGCUCACGUUUGAGCCGAAGCUCGCUCUCGGGCUCAUCGGGCUGUGGAUCGGUCUGAGCGUAGCAUUGGGGUAUGCGAGCGUGGUGAGCUUUGUGAUGGUCUGGAGGACGAAUUGGGGUCGGGCGGUUGAGCGGGUGAGGGAGAGACUGGGGUUGCCUAGUCAAGGCCAAGUGGGGGAGGAUGGGAAGUGGGAGGAGAAUAUGGGUGAGGGAUAUGAGGGGUAUGAGGACGUCGAUGGGCAAGGGGUGCCGGAGGUGGAGGUUACGAGUCCGGGUGGAGGACAGGCACAGGCACAGGGGGAGAGGGAGGGGCUGUUGGGUGCGAGACAGGAAGGUGGGGAGUACGGAAGCACGAGGGCUUGA